AGAACCCACCUGAUACCAGAGCUCAAGAAAUGUUCUCUCGCACUUUCACCGCCAAAAGGCUUCCUCUUCUCUUCUUCACUCCCAAAGUGAUUCCAUCUGAACCUUUACUUUUUGAAGCCCUCUUCUCCACUCACAUUGUGGGCGACAAACCGAUCCUCGUUCGGGAUUUCAUACAUUCUGCGCUUUACGACGCAAAACAUGGCUACUUCUCUCAAAGAUCGGGGUCAGUUGGCGUGCUCGAGAAAAGCAUUAAGUUCAAUCAGCUCGAAGGUAGAAAAGCUUAUAUGAAAUACCUGGAUGAUAUAUACAAGCGGAGUGACAUAGCAUGGUUUACUCCUGUGGAGCUUUUUAAGCCUUGGUAUGCACAUGGAAUUGCUGAAGCCAUACUGCGAACUACUAAUCUUUCAGUUCCAUUAAAAAUAUAUGAAAUUGGUGGUGGAUCAGGAGCUUGUGCGAAGGGUAUAAUGGAUUACAUUAUGUUGAAUGGACCUGAUAGAGUUUACAACAACAUGACUUACAUCUCAGUGGAAAUCAGUCCUUCAUUGGCUGAGAUACAAAGAGAAACUGUUGGAGAAGUUCGUAGUCACUUGUCAAAGUUUAGAGUAGAAUGCCGUGAUGCCGCUGACAGGAGUGGAUGGGGAGAUGUGGAGCAACAACCAUGUUGGGUAAUAAUGCUUGAGGUGCUUGAUAAUCUUCCACAUGAUCUUCUCUAUUCAGAAAAUCAAGUUUCUCCUUGGAUGGAAGUAUGGGUUGAAAAGCAACGUGAUAGGGAAACACUCUCUGAGUUGUAUAAGCCAUUACAAGACUCCCUUAUUAGGCGGUGCAUUGAGAUUAUUGACUUGGACAAAAAUCCUAGCAAUCAAAGCAGUGCAAUAAAAAUGGCAAGAAGCAUUUGGUCUAAAGUUUUGCCCAAACCUCAAAGGUGUUGGCUACCAACUGGUUGCUUGAAACUACUAGAGGUUUUGCAUGAGGUGCUACCGAAGAUGUCUUUGAUUGCUUCAGACUUCAGUUACCUACCUGAUGUGAAGAUACCAGGUGAAAGAGCUCCAUUGGUUUCAACCAAGAAAGAUGGAAGCAGCUUGGACUAUGGCAGUUAUCUGGAUGCAAAGGGUGAUGCUGACAUAUUUUUCCCCACUGACUUUUGGCUUUUGGAAUCUAUGGACCAUUACUCUUCUGGAUGGUUGAAAUUGCACAAAGAUAAAUCAUCCAAGCAAGGGAAGAAGAGGCGAACUAUUACACUUGAUACAUCAUCAUUCAUGGAAGAGUUCGGCGUGCCGUCAAAGACAAGAACAAAGGACGGAUACAACCCACUUCUAGAUGACUUUAAGAAUACAAAAUUUUAUCUUAGCGUCCCAACACAUAACACUAAAUAGACGGUUGGCAUCAAAUCAAAUUCUUGAUAUCUGGCACCCACACCUCUAUUUCCAAGGAUGCUUUCUGGUUGAGAAUAUCCGGGGGUGCUUAGUCUUUGAAGAGAGGGAUAAAGCUUUAUGAAGCAAGAGUUCUGUUGGCAUCCAAGAAUUGAUUUGAUGGAGUACUCUUUUGUUACAUGUUUUAAUUCAAAGGGGUGUUUAUAAUUGGAUUGGAUAUGAUUGCACAAAUAAGGGCGCCGUGCAUUCAAAAUCGACACAGCCAAGCGGUGAAAGGUGCAGAGAGAUGUUGCUUUCCUUGUAUGAGAAUGAAUACCACUCAAGGGCACUUGCAAUGCAUGCGCAAGAUGAGAAGCAAGAUAUGCAGAGGUGGGCUUAAGCAUAAAAUAGAGGGCUCUGGUGGCUAGACCCUUUCAAACUUUGCUCUCAAGGUUACCAGCAUUUCAACUUUUCUUCAACCUUGUCAAUUAAUAAUAAGCAUACGUUCUUUUC